UGAUGUUGAUCUUAAUUUUUUAUUGUUUAUCUUUAACAAUGGGACUGUCUCCUUUAGUUUGUGGGGAUGUUACAUAAGAAAAGGAUUGUUUAGAUAUUAUAAAUGGAAUGUAUUAUAUACAAAUAAUUAAUUAGAUAUCAAUGCAAAUGGACUACAAAUGGUUGUGUUAAUAUGAAAUGUGAAUUGGCUACACCUCCAUGUGAUUAAAUGAUUUAUGAAAAUAAGGCUUGUUCAACAAGUGGAGCAAAUUGCGUUUCUGUUUCAGAAUGCUCAGAGAUAGAUAAUUAAACCUCUUGUGGAGUGGUUAAAGCAGGUGGUAUGGAUUGCAUUUGGGAUACUAAUUGUAGAAUAAAAUAAUGUUCUGAUUAUGAUCAAACAACUUGUAAAGAAUCUAAUGGAGAUAAUUGUAUUUUCAAAGAUGGAAUAUGUUAAAAGUUAUUAUUGUGUUCUGAUAUAAUUACUUAAGAAUUAUGUUAGAAAAUUGAUUUAGAUGAUUAAUGUGCAUGGAUAAAUAAUAAAUGUGAUAUUUUUGAUUGUAAAAGUUAUACAAAUUCUAAUGAAUGCUUUUCUGCAUUUUCAAGUACUGAUUCAUGUUUUAAUGGGGCAACUGAUAAUAGUAGUGUUAAGUGUAUGAGUUGUUUUUCUUUGACAAAUUAAUGUGAUUGUGAAUAAUAUGGUUUGUAUGGUUGUAAAUGGUAAACCUAAACAGGUAGUUGUUAUCGUUAAAAGUAAUUAAAAUAAUAUAAAAUAGAUGUGAAGACUUUGAAGACACAAUCACUUGUUAAUAGGCUUUUGAUGGUUUGACUUGUGUUUGGUAUAAUCCUAUGGAUUAAUGUAAAUCAAUUGCCAAUGCAAAUGAAUUAGAUAGAUAAUGUGAUCUUUAUGUCUUUAGUCAGAUUUUAAUAUUUGGAUUGAUAAUUUAGAUGAUCAUCUAUAUAUGA